AUGCUGUUUGAUUAUGCUUUUUGCAGUGCAAGACGACACUUGUUUGCUCUUUUGAUAAACAAAAUGGAACCCAGAGGUAUUGUUACGAUGACUAAUGUGAACGACGUCUCUUUCAUCAGUCAGUAUGACGCGAUUGCACUGGACCGCGAGCUCUUCAGCACGUAUGCAUUCAAUGUCGAUCAGCUAAUGGAACUUGCAGGUCUAAGUUGCGCUCAUGCAAUAGCACGCAGUUGCGAUAGAGGAAAAAUUCUCAUCAUUUGCGGGCCAGGAAAUAAUGGCGGCGAUGGUUUCGUAUGUGCACGCCAUCUAACAUUUCUCGGUUUCGAACCAUUUAUUUUCUAUCCAAAACAGUCAAAAUCAGAACUGAUGGAACGUCUUGUGAAGCAGACAAAAAAAGUGGGUAUACCACAUAUCGAUGACAGUGUUUUCAAAAAUCCGUCUGAUAUGAAAAAUAAGUUCACAUUGGUUGUGGAUGCUUUAUUUGGAUUUAGUUUCAAACCACCAUUAAGACAGCCGUUUGAUCAAAUAAUCGAGGCAGUCAAUAAAAGCUCCCUACCAGUGGUGUCAAUCGAUAUACCUUCAGGAUGGGAUGUCGAAAAAGGUCCACUUGAAGAACAACUCUCAUUCAAUCCUGAUGUCUUAAUAUCUUUAACAGUACCAAAACUUUGUGCAAAACACUUUCAUGGUCGAGCGCACUAUAUCGGUGGUCGAUUUGUACCGAAAGCUCUCGCUUUGAAAUACCAUCUAAGUCUUCCCGAAUAUCCUGGAACAGACUGUGUUGUGAAACUAUUCUAA